ACGCAUGGGCAAUAAUUCCGUUUCAUUCAACUUCCGAUAGGUCGUGUCAGUGGAUCUCAUGUGAAUCACCAAGACAUAUAAAUCACUAAAUCAACUGUGGAUUUUGUUUAGCCUUUUUUCCGAAGGAAAUAACCAAAUAUUCUAGUAAUGUGAGAAUUUUUUGUUUACGUUUUUCCAACGAUUCCAGUGAAGAGGGAAUCACCUGUUUAUUUUUAGAAACCCUCAUAACAAUGGGGUUACUCUUUACAAGAUUGUGGAGUUUAUUCACAAAUGAAGAACAUAAAGUCAUUAUAGUUGGUUUGGACAAUGCUGGAAAGACGACUAUCUUAUAUCAAUUUUUAAUGAAUGAAGUGGUUCACACCUCCCCAACCAUUGGUAGUAAUGUGGAAGAGGUGAUCUGGAAAAACAUCCACUUUUUGAUGUGGGACAUUGGUGGUCAAGAAACACUACGAUCAGCAUGGAACACAUACUACAGCAAUGCUCAGUUUGUCAUUCUGGUUGUGGAUUCAACAGACAGAGAGAGGCUGUCCAUCACAAAAGAAGAGCUCUGUAAGAUGUUGAAUCAUGAGGAUCUGAGGAAAGCAGCCAUUUUGGUAUUUGCCAACAAGCAAGAUAUCAAGGGCUCUAUGUCAGCAGCUGAGAUUUCUCAGCAUCUAAAUCUGACUUCCAUUAAAGACCAUCCUUGGCACAUACAGGGAUGCUGUGCUCUCUCCGGGGAAGGGUUGUAUCAAGGUUUGGAGUGGAUCACAAGUAAACUUCGGGGGCGGUGACCUCAGCUGUAACAUAUUUAAACACUACACACUGGUCAAAAGAGUCAAGAGGUCAAAGGUCAGCAGAAAAGGAAUGCUGUUUUCUGGUGUAAUUGUUCGAUUUAUGUAUUCCUUCCUGACAGUCAAAUACAAGUCUCCUCAGGAAUCGAUGCCAGUGUUUUAUUUGAAAUGAGCUACAGAAAUACCUGUCAGAUCAUUUGAGAUGGUGUUUAUUUCCGAUGGAUUCAGUUUGAGAGAAAUUGUCUGACAUGUAUUGAGUGUGAGAUGAAUUCAGUUAUAUGUUUCACAGUGUGUUUGUGUACAGUACCCACUGAAGCCACGUUAGGAAAGAAUUACUGUUAAUUUUCUCAUGUAUUUAUUUGAAAUGUUCAAAUUGUCUUAUGGUGUAAACAUGAGCUAUAUUGAUAGACAUGAAUGGAAAUCAGCAAUUGAAUGUGUUUAGAUACCAGACUUCCCUUCAUCUCAGUGAUCUGAUGAGCUGAUGAAUGGCUAAUUGUUAUCAUUUCUUUAUCACUUUUUAAAAAAGAGAAGUUUUGUGUAUUUUUUGUUAUUCUAAUUGAGUACCAGAAUAAUCAGUCAGAUAGAAUGUGAAGAAAGUGAAUAAUCAGUCCGAUAGAAAGUGAUUGAUCAGUCAGAAUGUGAAGAAAGUGAUUAAUGCCCCGGAGAGUUUUAAAACUUUAAUUAUUAUUCUGCAGGAGUCAUUCAUGUUGAUACCAAUGUAUUUUUAUUUUGUUUUUGGUAUGAAAAGCUGAUGACAAAAAGAGUUUGCACAGCAUUUCUCAAUAUCCAAUCAGAGUGCUGUAUGUUCUAGUCCUAAUCUACACAGCAAGGGUAUUUAAUAUAUCUAACCAUGACAUCUAUUAGAAAAAAAAAAUCUGGAGCUUUUAUGCAUGGAAACUAAAUUAAAGGUGAUAUUUAUGUUUUGUCUGUCUUCGUGUCGAUCUCCAAGUUUAAUCUUAAGUUUGCAUGAUAGAGGUUUUAUUUUUUGGCGGGAAUACUCCGUUUGUGAAGCAGACGUGCAAAUUCUAUUGAAAAACAUAGAACUUGAAAGUCAUACUAUUAGUAAAAGGUCAAAAGGUCAAAAAAAUUAGUUCCUUUUACUAAGUAAGGUACAUUUCAUGUUUGUUGUACUACACAUUCCUCAAACUUUAUUCUAUCCCAAAAAGAAGGUGCCCCAUUGAGGCCAUGGAAUAAUCUAUUGUUGAAUGUACAUUGUAUCCUUGUUUAUCGUUUAAACAUUGCUACAGUUUUUUGUUUUCUUGUGAAAUGUACAUCACAUAUAAUAACAUGAAAAGUAUUAAUUCUAAUGUUGCCAAAAGCUUUAAAGUUUGAAUGACAAGUGAUGCAUCAUUUACAAAUCAGUAUAUGUGUACCGUGCUUGACAAGUCAGUUUAUGUGUACCUUGCUUGACAAGUCAGUUUAUGUGUACCCUGAUUGACAAAUCAGUAUACGUGUACCCUGCUUGACAAGUCGGUUUAUGUAUACCCUGCUUGAAAAGUCAAUAUGUGUGUACCUUGCUUGACAAGUUGGUUUAUGUGUACCCUGCUUGACAAGUCAGUAUACGUGUACCCUGCUUGACAAGUCGGUUUAUGUGUACCCUGCUUGACAAGUCGAUAUGUGUGUACCUUGCUUGACAAGUCGGUUUAUGUGUACCCUGAUUGACAUGUCAGUAUAUGUGUACCCUGAUUGACAAAUCAGUAUACGUGUGCCCUGCUUGACAAGUCAGUUUAUGUGUACCCUGCUUGACAAGUCAGUUUAUGUGUACCCUGCUUGACAAGUUGGUUUAUGUGUACCCUGCUUGACAAGUUGGUAUAUAUGUACCUUGGUUGACAUUUUUCAUUCAGUAAUUGAUGGUAUGUAAAUGUUGCCAUGCUUUGAAAAUAUUGCUAUUCUUCUAGGAACAGAUGAAUUGGGUGCUGUCUUUGAGGGUUUUAAAAUUUUACAGGAUGGUAAACAAACAUAUAAUACUUGUAGAGUAUAAAAUAUCAGUUUGGACUAGAAUUUCUUUACUUAGCUUUUUUUAGAAAAAAAACUUUGUGCCAUAGAUAAGAACAAUUUUGAAUUGUAAAUUUGUAUUCAGAAAACUUAUUAUAAAACAAGGUAAACACCAAUCAGGAACGAAGUGAAGAGAGAGAUAGUUGGAUUUUUUGUUUGUUUGUUUGUUUGCGUUUGGAACACUGACACUAUAGCUUGCGUUGAUGACGUUUUCAUCAUAAACACAGCUAUUAUGUAGCUAGUUAUGCUAUUAAAAGCACCUUGUUUUAGUUGUAACUUUAUAUAUACUUGUAGAUUUUAGCGACUAGUUAGGGCUUGAACAGAAAGUGAGAGUGUGUCAUGAAACCCCCCCCCCCCCUUUUGUAGUAGUAAUGAAAGCAUGCUGUUGAACUCAGGUUUUUAUUAAACUCAUCAGGGUUCACCAUCAUUUUGAGAUAUCUCGAGAUUUAUAACAAAUUUGAAAUGGCCAAAUUCAUUUUACAGCAGCUAUCAAAUUUGAAGUUAGGUGACCCGUCCUAUUGCAAUCACUUUCUGUCUGCUGUUUUGCAUAUUAUAAAUGUGACCAUUGGAUGGUGUAGCAGUCAACAUUUUAAAUUCUCGAUAAGAAUAUACUGAUUCAGAAGUACAUGUAACAUUUUAUUGAAGAAUUUAUAGGCCUCGCACUUUACCAAUGUGCCACAGCAUCAGGUGAAAAUAGCAGACGAAGUAUUCAUAUGAAGCAAGUGGAAAAGUAUGAAAGUUGCCAAACAUUUCUAAGGAAUGUAUACCCUUAAUAAGAUUAAAUUGAUAUCUUGCAUUUUAUUUCCUGUUUUUGAUGUAUAAGUGGUUUUGUUUUUGUAAUACAUGGAAAUUUUUGUGGUAUAUAUAAUUGUCAAAAAGUGAGAGAGAGAGAGAAAGAGAGAAUGAUUUUACUUUGGCUGUGGCUGCCAGAAUGAUUGUGAUCAUUAAUGUUUGAUUUUAAUUUUAUUUCAUACACCAAACAAUGUAUUGUAGAUAAAAAUAGAAUCAAUCAUUUAGGUGCAUCUCCUCGAAUCUGUACAGUUUGGACUUAAAUUUUUUUUCACAUAUUCAUAUAAUGUGUUUUGUGAAUGGGAGGUUGGCCCGUCUCUGUGUUCAGGUCUUAGCAUGAUGUUCACCCUUGCACUCUGAAAAGCCAGUACUUUGUUAAAUAUUGUCACUUCAAUUUUAAUUAUGACUUGUUGUUAAAUAUUGGUGCAUUGUUUAUGUUAUAAUAUGUAUAUUUGAUAUCGUUUUAUCCUCAUAAAUUACUUUGUGAAAAGCACCAAGCAAAGUUAAAAGUUUGCUUUCAACCUGUCAUACACAUGCGUUUUACUGGCCAGGUAUGCAACCUAUGGCAUAUUUUCAAUUUUGCUUUGUUGUAAUAUAACUAAUAACAGAAUUAACACAACAGCAUUUUUUUUUCCUUUUUACAAAAUCAUAAAUCAUACAUAACAAAUUUACUUUAAAAAAUAUAUCCCAUCUUUCCAGAAUUGUGGAAUGAAAUACGGGUGACUAUAUUGCAACUAGCAGUGUCUACACAUGCAUGUCAUAGACAUUACACUUAUUAUUUUUUGGUAAAAAAAAUAAAUAUAUAUGUUUUUUUUAUUGCACAAGUUGAACAACUAUCUAUUAAUAUCGGAGUAUUUUUAUGUACAUUUUCCUGUUUCAAACCAAGGUCCAUAUAUUUUUUUUAAAAAACAAAAUUCUACGUCUGGCUUGUGACAGUACAUGUACCUUUAGCCACGUUUUACUUUUCAUUGCUUAUCUAGAAGCAGUCAAACUGGAUCAAAUAACACCCAUAGGUUGAAGCUCUCUACUUGUGCAAAGCUGCAAGGGCCACUGAAGGAAGAGGCAUUUUUACAGACGUAUAUUUUUAUAUGAUGUGUAUGUACAUGCUUUUAUGAGAUUUUGUGAAAGAAAUUGUAUGGUGCAACACAUGAAAGGGGUGAUUGUAUAUUAAGUAAUUAGCAUAUUAUAGAAAGAGCUGUAAUGUAAUAAAAUUUGUGGAAUGUA